GCUAGCGGGGUCUGAAGACGUUGAGGGAGGCGCGUCAGUGGUUGACGUGUCGAUACUCGAAGAAGGUAUCGCGCUGCUCGGGUCCAGAAUCGCAGAGGUGACUCCACCGACGAUGGAGGUCACCCCAUCAACAAGAGAGGUGACUCCACCAACGAUGCUGGAGACGGGUAUCGACACGUCCACACCCACGGACGCAGAUACAACGGGCGCAUCUGUGACAACGCUGGCGACGCCGCUGGCAACCCCGCUGGCAACCCCACCCACCGCCCCUUCUGCUGCAGACAAAACUGAUCCAGCGUCCUGCCGCGGCACCAAGACCUGGAAGUCUGCGUUGGCCAUUGGCGGCCUGGCGACACCUUCCAAUGCCUUUGCUUCGUACGCGGGCGUACUUGAAGCUCCCAGAUGUUUUAUUCUGUCCUUCUCCUGCGAUGGAGAGCCAUGCAGCCUCCGGCGCUUGGGUGGAGGUGGAGCCAUGGCUGCGUCCAUACCAUUCGACUCCUUGUGCUGUAAUAUCCAACUCUUCGCUUUCAAUGUAUUUCUGGAUGAUAGAGGGCCUCGGAUAAUUCAGAAGCGCGACAGCGGGUGUAUCGUCGAUGCUCGUAUGCGUGAUAUGCGUGACCUCUCGCAGUAGCUGUGCCGGUUUAUUGCAACAGCGAAAGGAGGGCAAAAUAUUGGCGAAUCGGUUUCCAGGAGAAGCGAGUGUACACCGGACCAGAGGCCGGCAGAUGGAUAUGGAGAGGGUGUGUGAUUAUUCGAGAAGUCGUUGAUGAAGAG